AUGGCUUCCAGUGGUUCAUUCUCUGCUGGAAUCGGCGAUUUCGACUCGGAUCGUGAUUUAUUCGCGUCUUCUGCCUCGUUACUAUCGGGAGACCCAGUAGUAGUGGGUUCACAAUAUUCUGUGUCUUCUGGAUUCCUUACGCAAUCGUUUGGUGCCAACGCUCAUCUUUAUUCAGCAAUUAAUCCUCCUCACAUGCGACGCUACCAUACAUUAGUUAUUCGCAACUAUGGAAAGGUGCCUACACAUAUUAGUUGCUUAUACGUGGAGCACGACAGCCAUAUGCAUGUCGUUUUGCGAGCAGAUUAUAACGUGGGUCGAAAAGUGAACCGGUUGCUUACCGAUUGCUCUGUUUCCCAGGACGAGUUGUUUCGGGUGAAAAACACACUUCAGUUGGUGAGAAACCUGAAUUUUCUUUUGCGGUACUUCAAGGCCAGAGGAGAGGUAAAAGAGGUUGGCCUUGAAAUGCGGGACGAAUGGGAAACCGCCCGUCAAAUGCCUCCUAUUGAGCCGCCUUCCUCAUGUUCGUCGGACAAUAGGCGUGCACGAAUCCAAACCUCAAGAGAGUUGAAGGGAGAGCAUAGGAUGCAUAAGUACUUCAAUCUCCUGGAGGAACUACGGAUUCGCCAAGUAAGAACCUUUGACGAAGUUUUUCAUAAGUUCAAUGUUGAUGAAAUCACCUUCAUGAACUCAUCAAUCGGUAUCCAAUGGGGUGAGGUUGCUAGGCAGCAGAUACGAACAUUGAGUAAUGAGCGAUUGGCAAAGGAGAAGACCAAUCCCUACUUGCAAAAUCUCCACGAAUUGCCCCAUGAUUGUCAUGUGAUGUGUCGUGAAGAUAUUGAGUUGGGUGUUGGCUGGCUGAUAGCGAUGCUCAACACAAAUUCUAUUGAUAUUGGCGCUCUUCUAGGCGACAUUGUUCAAAUCAUGGACAAAAGAAAGGCCAAAAUAAAUACACUCUGUUUCCGAGGCCAGACCAACACUGGUAAAACGCUGCUAGCCAAUCUAUUAACCUCGCAUCUUUUGGUAAGACUGCACUUAAAGUACUCAUUUCAUUUUUUUGUUUUUGCACACAAAACGCUUAUCCUCGUCUUGGCGCUUUUUAAUAGAUUGGAACGGUGUGCCGACGUGGUGAUCAGACCGCCUUUCAUUUCGACAACUUGCUCAAUCGCACAGUUGCCCUGA